CCUGACCCGCUCGCCGCUCACGUGAUCAGUCUCAGCGCCGCCAUCUUGGAGCCACGGCCGAGGAGGGGGCAAAAAGGGGAAAAGAGAGGGAAAAGAGUCGGGAGCGAGGCGGACGAGGCUGGAUUGUGAAUAUUGAUCCAGGAGACUAUCAAUUUCAGAAAUUGAUUGGAAAGACACUGGCUCUGCCACUAACAGCCAUGUAACCUUGGAUAUGGAAGAAAGCAGCAGCAUUGCCAUGUUGGUGCAAGAGAUUGGAGAACAGGAGGCUGUGUUAACUGCUGAAGGAGUCCUCAGCCCUUCCUCAGAAGCUGACCAACAAAGAAAACCUAAAGCAGAUCCAUUGGUCCAUGUCAUCCAGAAGUUAAGCAAGAUAGUGGGGCACGAAAAGUCACAAAAAUGUCUUCUGAUUGGGAAAAAGCGCCAACGCCCAAGUGAGAUACCACACUCUCUUGAGAGGGUAGAGAACUGUGAGAUCCCAGCUAAAGCAGCCGGGCCCCCUGCUGCUGGGGUUAGGGAAGCCGAGAUGUCACAGGCCUGUCCCACCCUUGCCGCCAAUGACGGGAAGACUAUGUCCUACCAGUGUAGCCUUUGUAAGUUCCUGUCGCCAUCCUUUUCUGUGCUGAAAGAGCACGUCAAGCAGCACGGGCAGCAGCACGACGUGAUGCUCAUGUGCUCAGAGUGCCACGCCACCUCCAGAAGCCAGCAAGAGCUGGAAGCGCAUGUGGUGAGUGAGCAUGAGAACAGUGCCAGCAGCCAUGCCCGCCAAGGAGCCACAGAAAGAAAGAGUGAGACCUUGGUGGACAUUCCAGUGAACGUGGGCAGCCCACAGACCCAUGCUGUCCAGAGUGCAGCUGUGGCAGAGACGGGGCGGAGGAAGUGGUAUGCAUAUGAACAGUACGGCAUGUACCGGUGCUUGUUCUGCAGCUAUACCUGUGGCCAGCAGCGGAUGUUAAAGACACAUGCUUGGAAACAUGCAGGGGAAGUUAACUGUUCCUAUCCAAUCUUUGAGAAUGAAAAUGAGCCCCUUGGUCUUCUGGCUUCUUCUGUGUCUGCUGCACCUGGUGGGGUUGAUGCAGUCGUCAUUGCUAUUGGGGACAGCGAACUCAGCAUCCACAAUGGGCCAUCUGUACAAGUACAGAUUUGCAGCUCCGAACCACCAUCGUCUUCAUCUCCUUUAGAACAGAGCACAGAGGAGGGAGUACACCUACGCCAGGCAGUCACCCUGGACUCUAACGAGGAAGAAAUGCUGGAGGUGAUGUCUGAUUCUGAGGAGAAUCUGUUUGCUGAUAGUUUGCUCUCUUCGGCACAGAAAAUCAUUAGCAGUAGCCCAAACAAAAAAGGUCACGUGAACGUCAUUGUGGAACGUUUGCCAAGUGCUGAAGAAACCCUCCCGCCAAAACAUUUCCUCAUGAAUGCUGAAAUGGAAGAGGGGAAGAGCCCGAGCCCCGCCGAAGCUCAGACUGGGUGUGGAGGAGCAGGAACUAUGUACCAUGCUGAUAAGUGUACUGUUGAUAUCGGGGGGUUGAUCAUCGGCUGGAGCAGUGCAGAGAAGAAAGACAGUGAGCUAAGUAAGGGCCUGGCUCCUGAUGAGAAUGCCCCACCAGGACGGAGAAGGACAAAUUCUGAGUCUCUCAGGCUGCACUCCUUAGCUGCAGAAGCCCUUGUCACCAUGCCAAUAAGAGCUGCUGAACUAACAAGAGCCAGCCUUGGGCACUAUGGGGACAUAAACCUUUUAGAUCCAGACACUGGACAAAGGCAGGUCAGUGGUCCAUUGGCAACAUACUCAAAAAAAAUCAUGUCUCCUCUUAAGAACUCUUCAGAUGGAGGAACAAGUUUUAACCAAAGCAAUUCCACUGUGGUAGCUCUCCCAGAGGGAAGGCAGGAAUUGUCAGAUGGGCAAGUUAAGACAGGCAUCAGUAUGUCCCUUCUUACUGUAAUAGAAAAACUGAGAGAAAGGACAGACCAGAAUGCAUCAGAUGAUGACAUUUUGAAAGAGUUGCAGGACAAUGCCCAGUGUCAGCCCAACAGCGAUGGGAGUUUGUUGGGGUCCAACGUGGUGGAAUACAUCCCAGAUGCCGAGCGGCCCUACCGAUGCCGCCUGUGCAACUACUCGAGUGGCAACAGGGGCUACAUCAAGCAGCACCUGCGUGUCCAUCGGCAGAGGCAGCCUUACCAGUGUCCUAUCUGUGAGCACAUAGCUGAGAACAGCAAAGACUUGGAAAGCCACAUGAUCAACCACUGUAAAACCAGAAUACACCAAUGUAAGCAGUGCAAAGAAUCUUUCCAUUACAAGAGCCAACUGAGGAAUCAUGAGAGAGAGCAGCACUGCAUGCCCAACACCUUGUCAGUAGCUUCGAAUGAGCCAAGAAUUUCCCGUGAUGCCACCGAUGGAAAGUGUGUUCAGGAAGGGAACAAGUCUUCAACCCAGAAACAGUAUAGGUGUGAUGUGUGUGAUUACACAAGUACAACAUAUGUCGGUGUCAGGAACCACAGACGAAUCCAUAACUCAGAUAAGCCAUACAGGUGCUCCUUGUGUGGGUAUGUGUGCAGCCACCCCCCUUCCUUGAAGUCACACAUGUGGAAACAUGCAAGUGACCAGAACUACAACUAUGAGCAAGUUAACAAGGCCAUCAACGAUGCAAUCUCACAAAGUGGCAGAGUUCUGGGGAAAUCCCGUGGGAAACCGCUCUUAACCAGCAGUGAAGAGAGAACUGGCCCUACCACAGGCAGUCCAGAAAACUUGGUGUCCUCCUCGGAGCUCAGUUCCCAACUGCCUGGUGACGGUAUCGACGCCAGCGAACUUGAGAAACUGAACCCCACAGGCAGCAGCUCUGACAUCUCAGGAAGGAGCUGCAGCUUGGCUACUCCAGGCACUGAGUACUGCGUGUUGCUCUUCUGCUGCUGCAUCUGUGGCUUUGAGUCAACCAGCAAGGAGAGCCUCCUGGAUCACAUGAAGGAACAUGAGGGGGAGAUUGUCAGCAUCAUCCUGAACAAGGACCACAGCACAGCCCUGAAUGCCAACUAGCUAGGAGCAUGUGGGAGGGCCACUCUGAACCGCAGCUUACCCUCAGCGCCAUCACGAGCUCAUGAGACAUGGAAGAAGCGGUGGUGUGGGUGAUAUUCGGUGCAGAGUAAGGAGACAGAGCUAUAACCCUGUGUGAGCCCCUGGUGCCCCCUUGGUAGUGUCACUGUUUAUUGUUAAAAGCAAGCAAGCUCUGCAGAGCCACACUGGUCAGCUCUACAGUGGCCGGGCUCUGAUGAGGAAAGUGGCAAAUGGGAAGGGGCAGUUCCCACUGUUGCCAGGAUGGGCAGUAGGGAGAGGGAGGGUAACUUCCCUGUCUCCAGAGAGCAAUGGAGUGAGGAAUGGGCUUCAUAAACCUUUUCCUUGUGUUGAUAGGGAUUCAUCACAGACUCAAUGUAGGGCGUGGUCCUUCACUCCCUAAAAAAGAAGAGAGAUACCCAAAUCACUCCUGGAUUAUAAACAUUUGGGAAGUAAAUUAUUGUUUCAAAUUCACAGUGACUCCACACAAGACUCAGACCAAAUUUCAGGUUCACAGAAAUGGGUGAUUGAUUUCUCAGAGGUCAGUGUGAACAAACAGAGCCCACUUCUCCAGUUACACAGCUCCACACACCUUCACCGCCAGCAGUAGUCUGACGGCCUCCUCAAGCAGGACGGAGACUACUACGCACCACCGUCCUUGAGCUGGGUGCUCACCUGCUACCCAAGCACACUGUAGCCUGCGAGGCAAAGGAAGAAGCUCUGGGGAGGCUGGGCGUGGUGGGGCAGACUAAAGUCCACAGGUGUGGCUUCUGAGCAGGGACUCCAGGUUUGAGGCUAACCUGGGUUAGCAGGACUGGGCCUCCUGAGGUUAGAAAGAUCACUUGGAGAAUGAAAGCUGAAAGUCAGCUGCCUCAAAAGUAGCACAUCUGUUAAGGUUUUCUCUACUUAGACUUUAUGAGUUUGGUUAUAUUUAACAGAACAACCCAGGUGACUAAAGAAUGGUAAAACUUCAGUCUGUUUUAAUAAGAGACUGGUAUAGUUCACAUAGUCAGGAGGCAGUGGAUUUGAGAGUUUGAGGCUAGCCUGGUCUACAUAGCAAGUUCCAGGCUAACUAAGGCUUCAAAGUGAGAUCUUGUCUCAAAACCUAAACAAAAUAAUUUUUAAAAGGACUGGAGAGAUGACUUAGCAGUUAAGAGCACUGGUUGCUCUUCCUAAGGAUCCAGGAUUGACUCCCAGUAACCAUAUGGUGGCUUACAAGCAGUUCCGGGGGAUCUGGUACACUCUGGCCUCAUCAGGCGUCAAGCACACAUGUGGUACACAGACAUAAUUCAGAGUCCAUUUGUUAGUGUGCAAGAAAAUACUCUGAGAAACUAGCUCAGUAUAUGUGUGCUGAAGUUCGCAUCACACAUAGGUGACCCCGUGAGUCCCAUGGUUUGUGCCGUCAUUACUGCUGAGGGUGAGGCAGACAGGGUGACAUCAUUACUGCUGAGGGUGAGGCAGACAGGGUGACAUCAUUACUGCUUCCUUACAGUAGACUCUGCAGUGCUGUGAAUGCAGGUGGUCUUCACACACUCAGAGGCAAGGGGGCAGCUCAUGGAAGGACAGAGUCGGUGGGUACUGACAAGCUUUACAGCUUGUCCCCAAGUUGAGGUGUCCGUAAAGUGAGUUACCAGCUUUCCUGUGGUGUUGAGAGCUGUAGCACGGGGCCAGGCGUGUGGAAACUUUCUCACUUGUUUUAUGGUUUUCCACCACUAAUUUUGAUGACACUAUUUAGAGAAAAUUGACUAUAAUUUUGCCACUCUCUGGUUACAGGUAGCUUUUGGGGGGAAGGUGGGAGCAGAGUCUUCCUAUAUAGUCCUGGCUGACCUAGAACUCUUUAUGAAGACCAGGCUGGCCUCAACUCAUAGAAAUCAACUUGCCUCAGCCUCCCAAGUGCUGGGAUUAAAGGCCUGGCCAAUGUAGGCUUAAUUUAUUAGUGAAAGUUAAUUCAUUUCUGAUAUAUGGAUUUUAAUAAAAAAGUGAAUUUAUAGAUACUAAUUCAAUUCCUCUAAAUUUACUCUAUAUGGACUUAAAUGAAUUUUCUCAUAUUUUCACAAUUAAAACAUUUAAAUUUAAUGCCAGAUGUAAAAAAUUUCAUGUUUCCAGUUUUAUCACCCAUUGCUGUUGUAGCCACUAGAUCUGGUUUUCAUUUUGCUGUUAGUCUAAACAGUAAUAGCCUUCACUUAAUUUUCUGUGGCUUUAAUUUUACACAAUUGGUUAAAAAAUAGUAAUCACCCAAAACAUCCUCCCAAUUCAGCAGCGCGGUUCUUCCAAACAUGCUUCUGAGUUCCUUCAAACCACAUGAUUGUGUCACAAGGGUAAACCUCCCCACCCAUGGGGAAAAACUAAUAACCCAAAGGUUCAAAGCCUCCAUCUGUCAUCUGUUCCUAUGAGCUCUCAGGCCUGGACAAGGGAAGUGGCCUGUACCCUGCACAUUCUGCUAGCAUUUGCAGCAAGGCUCUGCCAAGAAGCAAGAUUCAGAAUAACGGAAACAUGUGUGUGGUUGUCAUCACUGACUCUUACCCAGUCAAGGUCACUGCUCAGAGGAUACCGACCACUGCUCGCUAAGCUUUGGCAUGGGAGACUCUGUUUUUUAUCUCUUGUUCUGACCACCUACGCUUCUAAGAGCAAAUGGAGAACACUGCUUUAAAAACACUUAUUUCGGGGCUGGGGAUUUAGCUCAGUGGUAGAGCGCUUACCUAGGAAGCGCAAGGCCCUGGGUUCGGUCCCCAGCUCCGAAAAAAAGAACCAAAAAAAAAAAAAAAAAAAACACUUAUUGCAUUCAGUAAACAAAAGAUAGAGAGGUGGCACUUGUAAUCGUUAUAAUUAACAUUUUGUCCCUGGCUGUGAUCAUAGGACUCUGGCAGGUGCCCUCACCGGCCUGCCAGCCAUGAGCCCAUUCACUUUAUCUGUGGCCCAUCCACAGGCAGCGAUACCAGCUGAAGCUUCUGCCCUGAACCUGUCUGAGUUACCAUUGGUGGCUUUGUAGUUACUGUUUUCUCCCUCACAGAGCAACCGUGAGCAUCAUGUUUACAUCACAUCUGUGCAGCAUAGUGGCCUGGACACAGAUGAGCAGGCUUCUUCGUUUCUCAGUUUCAUAAGCACUUAUUUAAUCCGUUUUUUUUAAAUUGUGCAGCAAGGUGCUCAAAGUAAUAGUAUAUAAAUAUAUUUAAUAGAAACUUGAGUUUGACAUUCAUGGGCAUAAAUAAAUGUAUUUUUUUUUUUAAAGAAAUAAGUAUUGUGUAACACUAUGGCUUUGCUUCUGUAGCCCAAGUAGAGAAACUUCUGGAACACCAUGUAAAAAAGCAAGAGUUGAUUCUGACGCUGAUUCUUUAAAACUGGAUGAUUGGUAUUUGGUGAUAUCCUGUUGCACAUCAAGCUGCAAGCCUUGUCUGUGGUAGAGCAGGCCACCUGUUUAGAAGAGAGCAGCUCUCUCUCUGGCACCUCUUAAUUUCCAGAACUGUCCAAAAGUAGAGUAAUUUAUUUUGCUUUACAGGAGUUUGUCAUGUAUUGACUUAUAUAUUGUAUUUUGGUAAUAAAUUUCUUUUGUUAAAAACA